AUGCGCGACAACGCUGCUAACGUCGACUACCCGGAUGGUCCCAGGACUCCCUUGAGGAGCCCUAGGGCCUCAUCCAACCCGCUUCAAGACCAUGUUCUACCUUCAGCCCCUCCUCUGCAGCAACGCUCCCUCACACCAAACACCCAGUCCCUCUUCCAGAACUUGUGUCUGAGCGAAACCACGAGACAUCAAAAUCAUGGCUCUGAGACUAACCCUAGCAGUGGCCCAAGAGAGUCCCGGCUGACCCCAAGCACUCAUCAUACAACCUACCGGGACCUCUACAAUGCCACUCCUAGUCCAGGGGUUGCUCCCUCCGCAGAGCCCACCCAACGGGCACCACGGACGCCAACGUCUCCACUUGGCGUUGUGAACGCUCACUUGCAGAACCUGAACCUAGCGGACUCGGGGGAUCCGGAGGUCUCACUGCUUGACAAUAAUAGUGAUGAAGAUAAUGUCAACGACGAUUGUCUCUACAAUAUCCGCCAGGAGGAACUUCCCCAGGUGCCUAUCUACGACAUUCGGCUCCAGAAUGCUCUGCGGAACGUGACAGGCCAGCUCGCAGAGCUCGCGCAAGUUAUGAGUAGGUGCGAGGUGGCACAAGACCCCACGACCGCCUUUCAUGAAUUGUAUAAACAGACGCUCGAAGCGAGCGGGUUCGCAUAUCCCGCCACGCGGACUGUUGGAUUUAUUGGCGACUCGGGAAUGGGAAAGAGUAGUCUCAUCAAUUCUAUCCUUGAUCAAGAGGGUCUGGCUCGGUCGAGCGGAGACGGAGCUGCUUGCACCACCGUCGUUACAGAGUUUCGAAGUCUUCUUGAGGAGCUCCUCUCAAACGUCAGGAAAUAUUACACGGAUGCCUAUCGGGAAGUUGUUGACGCAAGAGAACAAGAGCACAUAAAGGCUGCUGCCAAGCGAGCCUGGGACACAUUACUCUCACUUUUCCCUAACCAGCCCGGACUUGAGCUUGACUUUCUUUCUACGGACAGAGAAGAUGCGGUAGAGUCUAUUGUGACCACAUUGGAAGAGUGGGCAAUGGCUGGUCUAGACCACCGUCCUGGGGAACGCGACAGUCUUCGGUAUACCGUUGUGGCUCGCCAUGCUGAUGAGUGUAUGGAGCAGCUGGAUAAUCUUAUGGCUGAUUCGAGGGACGAUGAUAGGCCGGCUAUAUGGCCUUUUGUCAAGGUCUAUUUGCGGUCGCCGGUUCUGCGCACUGGUUUAGUCCUGGCCGACCUCCCUGGGUUUCGGGAUCUGAACUAUGCUCGAGAACGAGCAACAGAAAGGUAUCUUCGUCACAGUUGCGACGAGGUGUUCAUUGAUGUGGAUGCUAAAGAGACGGCACGGACAUCCUCUGUGGGUGACGCCAAACGUAUCCUCGAUCUCGACAGCCGAAUUCAGACCCUCGAACAAAGCAUCAGGCAUACGCGGUCCCGUAGACGACAAGCCAGCGGGAGUAGAAAUCAAAAUCUCGCUGCGGAGGAAACUACCCUUCGCGAUGAGAAAGAGGCGCUGGAGCUCGAACUCAAGCGGUUCCUCAUCUUAAGACGGAAUAGGCGUGUAACAGAGGCUUUAUCGCGAGCCUGGAGAAGCCAAGCCCGAAUAUUUUGCGUGAGCAACAAGCUCUACUCAGACCAUCGUGCAAACGAUCCCGAGCAAGCCAAUGGAUACCUCGAGCUCAGCGGCAUCACGGAGCUUCGUCGCUAUUGUCAGUCCGUUCCGGCAGAUGCGCAGCUUCGUGCAACGGAAUCAUUUCUGCAAAAUCAAGUACCCGCGCUUCUAGGUUCCCUAACUCAAUGGGCAUUAGCGGGUUCUGAUUUUGUUACUGCAAGCCGGGCUGAAGUCCUGCGCGACGCCUUGAAUGAAGCCGAACAGACUCUCCAACGGAGCAUUGUCUCUCCUCGAUCGGGAGUCCGCCUUGCGCAGAACAGUCUAGAGCGACAGUUUAGUGAUUUGAUUGUACAAACUAUACGCAACUCUCGGAACAUUUGGAGAGAUCAUGCAGUCGGCGCGAGCAGGGAGUGGGCAACCUGGCACCAUUCGACGUACGCCGCUUGGUGUCGCAACUAUGGGACGCACCAACCGGCGAAGCAAGACUAUCGCUGCUGGAACGAAGAAAUCCUCGGUCAGGGAAGUGAUCAGCUCUCCACCAGAUGGGAUACCAUGCUUGGUUGGCUUGAAGAGAAGAGAGAUGACCUUGAGGAAGGACUGUCAAAACACCAUGACAUAGCACCGGACAGUCUGGGAAAUUUGCGCUUGAAUAUUAAAACGCGGCAAAGAUGUAUACUAGACGCCAUCCAUAGCUCCUUCGAUGACCUAUUUUGUGCAACUGAGAAAACCAAGUCCGACGCAAUAGCCGGACACGCCAGCUCCUAUAUUGCGGGCGUCAUGCGUCCGGUGUAUAACAUCUGCAGGGAGCAAUAUGGAACGGGCAGCGAUGCCAGACGCAAGCAAACCAUAAACCGACAUCUUUCAUCCUCGGCUUUAUUUGUGCAGUUCGCCAACACACUGACUGCUGACUAUCGUGAGCUUAUUGAGAGGACUUUUGAUCAGCUCGAUCAAAAGCUUCGGGAAGAGGUCGCGAAUAUUACUCGGGAUUUGCGAGCUUCACUCACAGUAGAGGGACAGACAUCUGAGGCUGGCCAGGACCCCCGACACGCAGAAGAGUUAAAGCAGAGGGUGCGUGUAAUCCAAGAUGCAUUAGUACAUGCCCAAAGGAUUGUAAGAGAAGUUCGGCAGUGA